GGGAGUGCGGCGGAGUUCAACUCGACCCCCCCCCUCAUUCCGAGAGAAUCCCGAACGCGGUUGUUCUGCGCUAGAGGACAAUGCGAAUUAACAGCUCACCUUAAAAGGCAGGAUUUUCACAAACCCUGACGCAUCUUUCCCGAUACAGGCGUCACAAAAUAGCCACUUUUUAAGGAUUGGCUUACGCUUAGGUCGACCCCUGGAAGUGUUGAGUCGUUUGUCUUCGCUUUACAAUAGUUAAGGUGUAGACAGACGUUGUCUAGUUCAUUUGAAAAGACGAAAGCGAAAUUGCCUCGACGCACAGAGACUUUGGCAUUCGGAGAAUACUUGGGACACACUUGCCAUGGCUGGAGCAACGUCGAUCGAAGCAGUAAAAAGAAAAAUACAGACCUUGCAACAGCAGGCUGACGAUGCGGAGGACCGGGCCGAAAGUCUCCAACGGGAGGUGGAUGCAGAGAGACAGGCCAGAGAAAGAGCCGAGGCGGAGGUGGCCUCCCUGAACCGCCGCAUCCAGCUGGUGGAGGAGGAGCUGGACCGCGCCCAGGAGAGGCUCGCCACCGCGCUGCAGAAACUGGAGGAGGCCGAGAAAGCAGCCGAUGAGAGCGAGAGAGGCAUGAAGGUCAUCGAGAACCGGGCGACGAAGGACGAGGAGAAAAUGGAGAUCCAGGAGAUGCAGCUGAAAGAGGCCAAACACAUCGCAGAGGAGGCCGACCGCAAAUAUGAGGAGGUGGCCCGUAAGCUGGUGAUCCUUGAGGGCGAUCUGGAGCGUUCUGAGGAGCGUGCUGAGGUGGCUGAGGCUAAAUCUGGUGACCUUGAGGAAGAGUUGAAAAAUGUCACCAACAACUUGAAGUCUCUGGAGGCUCAGUCUGACAAGUACUCGCAAAAGGAAGAUAAAUAUGAGGAGGAAAUAAAAGUUCUUACGGAUAAACUCAAAGAGGCGGAGACACGUGCCGAGUUUGCGGAGCGCUCUGUGGCUAAACUUGAAAAGACUAUCGAUGACUUGGAAGAGAAACUGGCUCAAGCAAAGGAGGAAAACCUUGGCAUGCACCAGGUGCUCGACCAGACCCUCUUGGAGCUCAACAAUUUAUAAAGUGAGAAAACAAGCUCUGCAUAUGAGGGGAAAUGAGUGAGAAUAUUGAAUAAGAUUAAUAAAAUUAAAAUAAAACCCAAUAAUAUAAAAAAGAAUAAAGACCCAAACAGCUUUAUAUGGGACCCUCUGCUCACUGACACAAACAUCACAUCCUCUGUCCAUGUUUAAAAGCGCCUUGAUCGAUGGUGGCCCGAGACCAAAUGUCAACUAUUUGAUUUACAAAGAUGGGUCCAUCUUGGGGAAAUAUUUAUUGUCAUUAGAUUGCUGCAAGGGGACUUGCUCAGUCUUGAGGGACAAGGCAAAUCAACAACAGUGUGCUAACCACACAAUGUAGACCCAUUACUAAUAACAGACAGUGUGGGAAUUUCUUAAGUAGGUUUUUUAUUAGUAAUAAGUUUGCAGUGUGUGGCUACAGUCAUUCAGUCUUAAUUUCAGUGUCAGUUCCCAGUACCUGAAUAAAUUCCAUUUUAGGGUUAGAAAGCAAUAAGGUGCUGCUUUGUUUACUGUUUGUUUUUCUUGUAGCAAGCAUUGAUGUUGACCUCAGUCUUGACUUCAUAUUAAAGUUCAUUUCUGCAGUUAAGAACAGUAAUUGAAUGUUUUGUAAGGGCAAACUGCUUGUCAGCUUUUUGACCAUCAGACGAACCAAUGGUAUAACGCCAUUUUCUAAUAUAAAGGUACAUUUUAGUUGUUAUUCAAUGACUGUUAAAGCAACAAAGCUUGUUACAAAAGAGUGAAAAACGUCUUCAACCACAAUGUCCCAGACUGAAAUACUUCUUGACAAGUUUUAAAGUGAAUGUAUUUUUGGAAUUGUUUAACUACAAUAGCUUGAUUUUGUGUUUUGGAGGGAAAUUAAUAAAAUGGAGGGGAAAUUUGUCUUUUAGAAUUUUCUGGAAAGGUCAGUGUCAUUCAGAUCUAUGUCGUCAGCCAUUUUGAGUAGAUGUCACUGUCUUUCUUUGCCUUUCUUUGUUAACCUUACAUCUUUGGAAAUAUUGUAGUCCUAAGUCUUAAUAAAAUCUUCCAGAACCUCUGGCCGGCGGCAUAUAUCUUGCCAAAAUUUACGAAAAUGUAAUUUUUAAGAAGGUGACAAUUUUCCUAGUUCUCUUAAAAUGUAAAAAAAGAAAAGAAAAAAAAAUUUCUUGCAAGCAUUGUACUCUUUAGGAAUUCCAAUCAAAGUUGUAUGCAUACUGAAUUUGGGGAAUCUCAACAAUAUUUUGAAAGCAUCUUCCCUAUCUUAUACCUACACUUGUAUCCUAUGCAAUUACCUGUGUAAGCUCCUUGUUAACGUUUAAAAGAUUAAAGACCAGAAAUAAAACUCCCAAA